AUGCAGCUUAUCGCCCAUGACAGAUCGAAAGACCUAACAGGGGAGGAGGAAAUUGUCUUGGGGCAUAUACGAGCUUCACAUAAUGAAGGCAUUUGGACAAAACACUUGAAGGCUAAAACUAACCUCCAUCAGACCGUUCUCGAUCGAUGCCUGAAAACCCUGCAGCAGAAGAAGCUGAUAAAGAAAGUCCAAUCAGUGCAGCAUCCUACGCGGAAAAUUUUUAUGCUCGAAGGCUUGGAACCAUCUAUAGCGCUCACAGGUGGUCCUUGGUAUACCGAUAAUGAACUUGAUACAGAGUUUAUCGAGACGCUGACCAAGGCAUGCUCCAGAAUCGUGCAAGAGAAGAGCUCCCCAAAACGCCGAUCAAAUAAUGAACGUGCACUUUACCCGAUAUCGAAGGUGUCACAGUAUCCAACUGCGGAAUAUGUUCAGAAGAAGUUACGAGAAGCACGUAUCACUCCAACAGAGUUGUCGGUCGAACAUGUCGAGAUGCUUUUAAAUGUAUUGAUCCUGGACGGUGAGAUCGAAAAGCUCCCUGCUUUUGGUAGCACAAUGUGGGAUACAAGCGCCUUGGAUGAUGAAGACUCGGCGGAGGAAUCCCAUCCAAAAAAGAAGAAACGAAAGCGGCGCCAUUCCGAUUCAGAAUUUGAUCGCGAACGGAGCCGACGAAAGGCAAAAAAGAAGAAAAAAUAUGUAUCUGAAUUCGACUCUACGUCUUCCGACUCGGAUGCUGUAACAAAAACUAAAGGCAAACGUAGGCGGUCCAAGGAAGAUUCGGAUUCCGACGUUCCAAAGUCGAAGAAGAAGGCGAAGAAGAGACGCGAUGAUUCUGAAUCAGACUCAGAAAGUAGCGAAGAAGUUUCGUCAAAACACCAAAAAAAGAGAAAGAGUAGGAAAUCUAGAGACACCUCGGAUGAUGAAUCGUCGUCAUCGAGUUCAGAGGACGAGAAGAGGCCACGAUCGCGAUCAAAGUCGACCAAAAAAUCCCCGCCGCCCCCAGCUUUCUCUCUGGAGGAUUACGAUGAGAGUAGAAACUUGGGCGGUGUGUACAGAGCUGUUCGGCAGGAACGUCUAGACUUGGGGUGGUCUCAAGCGCCAUGUAGUGUAUGUCCAACGUUCGAGUUUUGCAAAGAAGAUGGACCAGUCAACCCAAGGGAUUGCGUCUAUUACGGGGAUUGGCUAUUGGGUGGCACGGUGGCGGCUAUAGAGGAUGCUGUAUUAGACCACUGA